GUACUUGGCAGGGUAAGAAAUGGCCGGUCGUGGAAGGGGCAAAGCAGCAUUUCCUGAGGUUCGUCAUCAAUUGAGACGACCGAAAGAGGAUCCUGAAGACGCUGCGGAGCCUAAAGGCGACAGCAAGCGAGAUGAAAACAAGCAACAGCCGCCUUCAACUCCAGUUGACGCUGCUCCGGUCAAGGUCGAAAAAGAGAUCAGAGGACUGUGUUCUCAAUUCAAGUACUUGCAAGCUUCAGACUCAAAUUUUGACAAGGCACUUUCUGCAGUUAACGAGAAACUGAAGACCUCUAAGGACAUUGAUGACGUCGUGAACUCAAUGUAUGAAAUUUGCUUACUAGGGCCUGAUCAGGCCCUAGGGACGUGCCAGGCUAUGACGCGGCUUUCCAAUGUGGAGAUUGACGGUUGCAAGUUGAGGACCAAGCUUUUGACGAGGUUGCAGCAAGAAUUCGAAGGAUUUGAAGAGAAAGCUGAAUCAUCACCACAGGCAUUUCUCAGUAACACCGUAUUUCUCUGCGAGUAUUACACUCAAUACCUUUUGCAUGGAGCACCUGUGAACUCGCUCAAGGCACCUGUGUGGAGGUAUCUCGAGUUCAUGCUGCAAAGUCGGAAGCCAUAUUUUCUUAACCAGUGCUUUCGAUUGGUGCAGAGCAAAGUUGGUUUUUUUAUGAAACACAGUCGUCCCGAACUUGAAGGCAACUUUUUGACAAAACUACGAGAAGUUGUGCUCGAUGAAAAGGUGCCAAAGACUCACCGAUCUUUCGGACUGGAAACUUUGGAGCUCAUUUUGAAAGAGCUCACACGGAACGCCUCUUAGUUUUUUUAAUCCCUCAAAUAAAUCAUAGCAUGCAAGCACAUUUUACCAACCACUUUGGUUUUAAGCCCUUGUUUCAUCCAUGCAUAUUCGUUUUUCUCGAGCGUCAUAGAACACUGAUGGGUACAACUAGAGUGAAAUGUAGUUGCUUCAAGAGUGCGGUUAUGGAUCUCAAAUUUUUCAGGCUCGAUUCUCAAGUUUCUAUCAUGUGUGUCAGUUUAGUCGACUUGAAGAUUUCGUUGGCAAACAUGCAAAUGUGACCUCUAAUGAACUAAGCCGUAUCAAAUAGUGAACUCUGAAAAUGAAGUACGUCACGAGACUGGCAUGACUUACGAUAUGGAGAAGGUAGAGCAUGUGCAAAGAGAGCAUGGGUGCGUCUCAACCGCUAGUUUUAGCAAUGUGCUAAAACUAGGGGUGUGCAAAUAGUAAAAUUUUACCUCGAAUCAAAUUCAAAUUGAAUGCACUGAGAGCUAGAUAUAACGAAAUAUUUUUUAUAACAAAGUAAGUGAAAAAUAGUUUUGCAAUACAUGAAGGAUGAAGAUACUAUACCUCUAACAAAUUUUUGGAUAUAACAAACUUAUUUUCAUGUAAGAUGCACCUUCGUUAUAGUGAGCUUUGAGUGUAGUGUUGUAAUGGCAAAGAAUGUUGAAUAUUGAGCUAGAUUUUAUAGAAUACUCGUAGAAAAACAAAGAAAUGAAAUGAAAUUUAUCUAUUUCUCGAAUACAUGAUGCGUUGCAUGACUAUUACCGAAACCCUACAUGUCAUGCAAGAACGCGGGUUGUUGCACAUGACCUUGCUUCAGGUUCUUUCGCGAUGAUGUUACAGUUUUCUGUGGUUCCAAAUAUGUGCUCACUGAACACCAGUUUCGAUGAUACCUGCACAAAAUGCGUCUCCAUGCUCUUUUCAGAAUUUCAACAAAUGAUCCUUUCUUGGGUUCAGGCACUCUGUGAAAUAUUUUUAGACCUCUCGACCAUAACCUCUGAGCUCAUCGGGCUGGUUAUUUUUUCACGCUAGCAGCUUGACUCUCUCCUGGACUGUUUCCUGACCUUUUUUGCAGGACCAAUGAUUUGUUAAUGGCUUCAAGCAUUGCUUCAGGUUUUGAAAAAUGCUGUCAUGAAGACUCUAUGCUAGUGUAUCAGUCGAUCAUUUCUGCUACCAGCAGCUCAGUAACCUGC